UUCCAAACCGAUCGAAUAUUCUAGAAAUUCUUGGCCGUUUUGGACUACUGAAUUUGUUGUCUUCAUUCUACUAACGGACCCCUGUCUGCCUUAUCCGUGUUGAAAUGAGUGGAAGAGAAGCUGUACAACUUCGUUAACAUGGCAACAAAUUCAUCCAUAAACGUCGCAUCAAUGACUUUGUAUGAUUGCCAUAUACAUUUUAUGUAAACAAAACUGAGACGGGUUUCAUUGUCUUAAAAGCAGGGACAGUGUUUUUGUCGGACAUCAUUAGUCAAUUGCGACGAGGGACAUUAAAGUGGUGCGUAUUGGUUUCUGUGUAAAAAUGCUCUUGAAAGACGUCGGGCGCCAUUUUGUGUAAAAGGUGGGCUCCUUUGAACAAAGUAAUUUAGCGUGUUAUCGAGGCUGUUGUGAGUUCUCAUUCAUCUUCAAUGCCUGUCCGAGGACCAAUAUCAGCACAGAGUAUAGAUCGUGGACCGCUCGUCGCACAUACCAAUGCCGUUCCCAUCAGUCGUGAUGACGACUUCAUCGCCGCAGGUGGGCGCUAUACACUUGCCGGGCGUCGCUUCUCCUUCGGCUCUCUUUCGCAGGUUUCCGACACCAUUCGGGAUUUGCUACUGCAUCCGAACGAGAUCGCGAAGUGUCGAGAGAACCCUCUGACGCGCCAGGGGAAGCGUAUCCAGCUGGCGAAGAUGUUGAUAUUGAUAUCGAUACCGGUCUUUUCGCUCGCGAUCCUGGCCGUCAUGGAUCUUCAUGACAUAGCACGUGACAACAUCGUGAAUGUGGAAGUUCGAAACGUCAUCAGAUUCAGCCGAGACAUCGGAUUGCUGCUCAGCUGUCUACAGAGAGAGCGUGACAUGAGCGCCCUCUACGUCAGCCAGAUUGGUCCAGAGAACAAGGCUUUUCUUUCUGAACCGUACGAAGCAACAGACAGCGCACUGCAUGAACUUCAGGACUGGCCAGCAGAGAACUCCAUCAUCAAUGAAUUGCCCUUUUUUAGGCAGAAAAGUGACUUUCAGGCCCAUUUAGCCAACCAUCGUCGUGGUCUUCACCGAUCGAACACGACCGCCUACCUUGAGAUUCACUUCUACACCGAUCCUCUCCGAAUCAUCAUCGACUGGCUCUACGAUAGCGUGGGCAACUCCAAGGGGCAUGGACUCUGGCGAACGUUGGUGGCGUAUCAACUGCUCAUCGUAAGCAACGUGGAUACCGGAAUUGAACGCACGCUGGGUUCAUUAUUCUUUUCGCAAGGUGGUUACUACCGGCACGAGGAUUACGUCUGGUAUCUCGAGAAGUACACGGUUGGUACGUGGAAUUUCGAGGCAGCCAAGCGUUACUCAACUCUCAUUACAAGCCUUUACCAUGAACUCAUUGGAAACCAGAUCAACUUAACCUAUGUCGUCGAGAUUAUGCGGCAGGAAAUACUAGACGGUGAGAGCACGAGUCGAGAACCCAACUUCGAGGACGCUACGCUGUGGUUUGAGAAGAUGACUGUCUACAUCGAUAUCCUGGAGAACUUACAGAAGAACAUGGCGGAUAAGAUCCUAGAACGUCUGGGUGCCGACAUGGAGAAUGAUACCAAGGCUAUAGCUAUCAGUAUCUUCCUCGUCAUCCUGGUUGUCAUCAUGUGUCCUCUCAUCCUUCGAGCUUUCUGGACACUGACCACUUCGAUUCAGAACUGUGCAUUGUCCUUGGCAACGCAGACGAAAGCUUUGAACACGGAAAAGAAGAGAGCCAAUUGGUUGCUAUGUUCUAUGUUGCCCGAGACAGUAGCCAAUCAGCUGAUGCAUGGAUACAACGUCCAGGCUGAGUGGUACGACAGCGCCACUGUCUUUUUCGCCGACAUCUUCGGCUUCAGUCGACUCUGUGCCGAGAGCAGCCCGAUGCAGGUGGUUGAAAUGCUGAAUGGAUUGUACUUGGUCUUUGAUUCACGGAUUGAGCACUACGAUGUAUAUAAGGUCGAGACGAUCAACGAGACCUACAUGUUAGCUUCCGGUCUACCGGUAAGGAAAGGGGACCAGCACGCCGGAGAAGUAGCAACUAUCGCCUUGGACCUUCAGUAUCAUGUUAGUUUUCUGGAGGUUCCCCACAAGAGAAACGAGAAGCUGACUAUCCGAGUUGGUAUCCACUCAGGCCCAGUAGUAGCAGCAGUCGUUGGAUUGAAGAUGCCACGCUACUGUCUCUUUGGGGAUACAGUUAAUAUUGCCUCUAGGAUGCAGACCACUGGUGUCCCUGGGCGUGUACAGAUCAGCUAUGAGACAUUUGCCGCCCUCAACGAUCUGGGAGGGUACAAGGUUGUCAAGCGUGGAGAAAUUGAGAUCAAGGGUAAAGGACUGUUGACAACUUACUGGUUGAACGGCAAGGAUAACUUCGAACAUUCUAUGGUGUCACUUAUCGAGCCCUCGAGCCAGCUUGGGGACAUGUCUCUUCAUGAGCACAAAUACGAGCACAUGUACCAGCAGAAAUAUACCGGUCGAAUCCAGAUCAGACGGGCUGAUCAGUCCGAAAACCUGAACGCUGGCUCGGUCUAAAUGGCCAAAUCCGGUUUGGUCCGCUUUUGUUGUGAAACAUUCAGUGCAUAAGGUCACCAGCGGAUUUUUCUGUAUGGAAAGUCCAAUGUCUUAUCGAUAUCACAUGUCAUAGUGCGCAUGACAAGUUCUUUCACUUACGCCAUUACAUUCAGGUAUAUUCGUAAAGGCAUAAUCUCUAGCCACAUAUGCGAUCCUUUAAAGCAGCUAGGUUGCGACCGGCGGUUGCGACGACCCAGCGCACGGUUUUUCCGAAAAUCGACCGUCGACAGAAACCUGUCGCCACCUUAUAUUUUUUUUAAACAACUGAAUAAAAGUCCAAACAGAACAUUUUAAGCGAUGACUGCGGGCGCAGCGGUCAUCGGUCAGGGCCUAUUCUUCACUGCUUACUGAGGCAUGAAUUAUAUGAAUUUAACAAUAAAUUGGCGUCAUUUGCGCCUCGUGUGCAUCAGGCUAUGGAUAAACUGGCAGCUUGACAUCAUUGUGGUAAUAUGCGAAUGGUAAGAAUGCGAAUGUUAUGAAUUGAAUAUGAAUACACACUUGUAAUUCACAGUCAUGAAGUUUGGAUGCAUUUUGUUCUUGUUUUGUUUGCGUACAUAUAAUAUCAACCAAGUAAGUCAAGAGGGCUGUGUAAAACUUUGUUACGAACUCUAUUUAUAAAUGUAACUUUGAUAAUAGGGACUUUUAGAUUUACACGACGACAACGUGGACUGCUACGUGUGCCGUCAUUUAACUCAUAGCCUACCAUGAGGGUGCAUGCACACUAUCUUUAUAGUGCUUUGUACAUGCGAGCAAGCUAUUGUUACGCUGCCAUGUGCGUGCUUGCACACUUUCGUAGUAGCAGUUAUUGUUCAUGCUCAAUGGACUGUGCUUUGUGUUUUGCACUCGCUAUUCAUAGAACCCUCGCGUUAAUCAGAUUAUCUCAAUAUAAACUUGGCACUCCGUGAUUUGGGGCUUGGCACAAUGGGGAUUAGCAUUGUGGAAUGUUAAGAGUUAAAGGCUCGUCACACGUAGCAGUCCACGCAAAUCUAAAAGUCCCUAAUAGCACUUCUCCUGUCACAAGCUCUCGUUCAAUUGUCACGAAUAUUUAAUAUGUAAUAUUUGAUAGGCCUAUAUCUGUAUCAGGACAAGGCUUAUCUUACAUGUUAAUCGCUGUGACACUGUUGUGGAAAUUCUAUUCUUGAAAUUAUUUUCUUUAAUAAGUAAUAUUGUAAACUUAGGUAUUAUUUUUGUACAAUAUAUAUCGUCUUCUGUAUAAACAGGGCCUCAUCUUAUAAAGAGUUACGCGAUUGAUCCCAAUCAAUCGU